AUGGCGCUGGGACCCUUCAGUGUGACGGCGCAGCGAGAAGAGGACAUUGACUUCUCCAUGGCAACCGACGGUGCAGGAGGACAUGGCAGGAUUCCUGAAGCCCUUCGAUCUAGUGGUUGUAGUAGUGGCAGCAGUGAUGGUCGUGGCAGUAGUGAUAGUAGUGGUGGGAGUGGUGAUGGUAAUCCUGACACAGUAAUUGACCAAAAAGAGCAUUGUUUACUGAUCUGUGAUUUUUCUCCUCGCCUCGUGCAGCUGUGGGCGCUGGUAUUGGCGAGCAUGGUGGCUAUGGCGGGCAGCGUGGUCGGCGUGGUGGCGGGGGAAGGAAGGAUCUUCGGUGAGGCGCCAAAAAACAUCGUGGCCAAGACGUGUCUCUGUGUCCUCUCUACACUUAUGCAGGAUGGAUCAGAAUGGGUGCCGCCCCAUGACGCCGGUCGCGUGCUCCUGACCACCUGGCUGCUGGCUUCCAUGGUGUUCAUGUCGUCUUACGAAGGCAUCCUGGUCGCCAUGCUCACCUUCCCCCGGGUCUCUAUCCCCAUUGAUUCUCUCACUGAACUGGUACACCAAGACGAUCUGCCCUGGAGGUUGGAGUACGGCGCCAUGAUGGCACGCAUGAAGGCAGGUCAACAUUAA